AUGGACAGAACCAACACACAGGAGGAAAAUGCCUCGCAAGCCCUCGAGGUUAACCACCGGCCUUCACCCACGGCAAACCAAACGACUUACAAACCCAAUCCCCAAACCCCAAACACCACACCCAAAUGCUCACCCGUCCCCAGAGCCAUCCACCGCCAACUCCCCAGAAUACAAACCACCCCGCCCACCGCAACCCAACAAGUCGACUGGCUCGCCAUCCAGCUCCACAAUUUCUCCAGUCCAUCCCCCACUGCCCAAGAAAGCCACCCACCUCCCACCACAACCCACCAACCCUUCCAACCCUUCCAACUCACCAACCUCGCCGGGCCCCAACCCACAACAGUGCGCGACGCUGUGCAGCUCAAGCUCGCCAAGCUGGGACCGUCGCGGCGAGGGCUCGAAUGCACCGCCGAGCUGGACGUGCUGAUGGACCGGCUGCGGUAUGUGGUGCGGCCGGAGAGCGCGGAGGAGGCUAGGGUAGUGGGGCGACGAAGGGAUCCGGCGGAGGUGAGUGCGUUUUGGGGGAAGGUGAGGGAGGGGGUGAGGGUGGCGGAUGAGGAGGUGUGGAGGUCGAGGUGGGAUGGGCUGCGGUGGGGUGUUAGUCCUUAG